UACGUGAGCGCGCAGGGCGCAGGCGCGCGGCUCCCGGCGGCACGCGAGACGCCAGCUGCGGGAAGCGGAGGACGACUGAGGUGCCGACCUGAGGUGAUGGAGCCGCCGAAGGUGGAAAAGUUCAGCUCCGCCAACAGGGGAAAUGGGCUGCGCGCCUUGGUGCAGCUGCGCCCCGGAGAGCUGCUCUUCCGCUCGGAUCCCUUGGCGUACACGGUGUGCAAGGGGAGUCGUGGCGUCGUCUGCGACCGCUGCCUCCUCGGGAAGGAAAAACUGAUGCGAUGCUCUCAAUGCCGAGUUGCCAAAUACUGCAGUGCCAAGUGCCAGAAAAAAGCUUGGCAAGACCACAAGCGGGAAUGCAAAUGUCUUAAAAGCUGCAAACCCAGGUAUCCCCCGGAUUCCGUUCGACUUCUUGGCAGAGUUGUUUUCAAACUUAUGGAAGAAACACCCUCUGAAUCGGAGAAACUUUAUUCAUUUUAUGAUCUGGAGUCAAAUAUUAACAAACUGACCGAAGAUAAGAAAGAGGGCCUCAGGCAACUUGUAAUGACAUUUCAACAUUUCAUGAGAGAAGAAAUACAGGAUGCUUCUCAGCUGCCACCUUCCUUUGACAUUUUUGAAGCUUUUGCAAAAGUGAUCUGCAACUCCUUCACCGUCUGUAAUGCGGAGAUGCAGGAAGUUGGCGUUGGCCUAUAUCCGAGUAUGUCUUUGCUCAAUCACAGCUGUGACCCCAACUGCUCCAUUGUGUUCAACGGGCCCCACCUCUUGCUGCGAGCGGUCCGCGACAUUGAGGCGGGAGAGGAGCUCACCAUCUGCUACCUGGACAUGCUGAUGACCAGCGAGGAGCGCCGGAAGCAGCUGAGGGACCAGUACUGUUUUGAAUGUGACUGUAUUCGAUGCCAAACCCAAGACAAGGAUGCUGACAUGCUUACUGGUGAUGAGCAAGUAUGGAAGGAAGUUCAAGAAUCGCUGAAAAAAAUUGAGGAACUGAAGGCACAUUGGAAGUGGGAGCAGGUUCUGGCCAUGUGCCAGGCGAUCAUCAGCAGCAACUCGGAACGGCUUCCCGAUAUCAACAUCUACCAGCUGAAGGUGCUCGACUGCGCCAUGGACGCCUGCAUCAACCUGGGUCUGCUGGAGGAGGCCUUGUUCUACGGAAUUCGGACCAUGGAGCCGUACAGGAUCUUCUUCCCAGGAAGCCACCCGGUCAGAGGCGUGCAGGUCAUGAAGGUCGGCAAGCUGCAGCUGCACCAGGGCAUGUUCCCGCAGGCCAUGAAGAACCUGAGGCUGCUGGCUCCGAAAACACGUGAUCUGUGCUGCUCGCCCCUUUCCAUGGUAGAAAUGUGCCCGCCGUGGCUGAUUCAGGCUCCUCAUGGAAAAUCAGCCCCCAGAAAUCAGGACGGUUUAACGGUCAGCUUUUGCCAACUGGUGCAAACUGGCCUUCAGAGGACCCCUGCACUCGGGCCCCACCCUUCUCCACGCCUCCCCACCCAAUCCCCACAGGACACUGUCCGUAAGCCCCUGUCAGGCUGGCCUCUGGACCACCUGUCUGCAGUCCACCUUUGCAGCCUGCACCCCCUCCAGCUGCCCCUGCCUCUCCAUAAGGCCAGCGUUCACUGGGCCACCCGGGGUUGCCCAGGACACCUUGAACCGGUCACACUUAGGUCUUUACCAUGACGGUUCCUGUGCCUCAAAUGCUCCCCCACUCCCCCGACCACUCCCUGAGCUGGCCCAGCUGCAACCUGGUUUUCCCCAUGUGCUCCUCUCCGCGUGCCGACCCUGCCAGCAGAGUGUUCGCCCCACGGUACAGGCACAUCUCGGACGCACCGCGGGCCUGCUUCCAAACCAGCACAGUAAAGCCAAUAUUGCAAUAAAGAGGGUCCAGUGGACUGUUACCCAGUGUAUAUAAAAGUUAUGUUUACACGAUACUAUAGUGUAUGAGGAAUACAACAGCAUUAUGUCUAAAUAUAUAUACAUACCUUA